UACAAAUUGUGGUUCAUAUUGAGGGUGUUAUCUCUAUUUUCCCUCUCUUUCUCUAAACAAAAGCUACAAUGGAAAAAGAUUGUACAAUCAUAACUAAUCUUGUUCCUACUUGCUCAACUUUCAAGAAUGAAUCUUUUCCUUUACCAUCCUCUCAAAGCCACCCCUUUUCUUCACUCUCUCCCCUCAACUCCAUUCUCAGGAAACAGACCCUUUUCAGCCAACUGCAGUAGAACAGCUUUACCUUGUGUUUGCUUGUCAAAAUCAUCUUUGGAUGUUCCAGAAAAGAAUAUUUCUCAGCAGAAUGAAGGAAGAAGGGCAAUGAUGGGCUCUUUUCUUAUAGCUGCUGCUGGCCUUUGCCUCUGCGAUGUGGCUGGAGCCGCUAGCACAAGCAGAAGAGCUCUCAGGGGAGCAAAAAUACCAGAGAGCGAGUACACAACUCUUCCAAAUGGUCUAAAGUAUUAUGACUUGAAGGUCGGCGCUGGAGCUGAAGCUGUGAAGGGAUCUAGAGUUGCAAUCCACUAUGUUGCUAAAUGGAGGAACAUCACAUUCAUGACAAGUAGACAAGGAAUGGGAGUUGGUGGUGGAACACCAUAUGGAUUUGACGUUGGUCAAUCAGAAAGGGGAACAGUCCUUAAAGGAUUAGAUCUCGGUGUUCAAGGGAUGCGAGUAGGAGGGCAGCGCCUGCUCAUCGUACCUCCUGAGCUAGCUUAUGGUAAAAAAGGCGUGCAGGAAAUUCCUCCAAAUGCAACAAUUGAGAUGGAUAUUGAACUGCUAUCUAUUAAACAAAGCCCAUUCGGAACUCCUGUCAAAAUUGUUGAAGGAUAACCACAGUGUUCACCUACUUCAUGUUAUAUUGAUUCAUCACCUGCAAAAGUACUCAGCCUAUUGUAUGAAUUUUGAGAAUACUAAGAGAUCUGCUUCUGAUUUGGUAUUUACCAAGAAAAUGUCCCUAAAUAUGUUAGUAUUGUAUAGUUCAAACUCAUUUUCAUGUUAUGAGAUUCAAAUUGCUUUGAGCAUGUAA